GCACUGAGUCUCUGCUCACAGGCAGAGGCCAUCAGGAAGAAAACAUGGAAAAAAGUAGGAAUUAUUAAGUUUUUAACAGCCUUUUUGAGGCCAGUGAGGACUUAAAUACAAUAACAGUUGAAGCUGUGAGGUAUUGUGCAGACUGGUGAUGGACAGAGAGGAUGAAAGGGGAGGGACACGUUUGAAGAAGAACGUGGGAAGAAAGACUCAAACAGGAAAACAAGAUGUUGCUGAGGACUUUACCUUGAAGCUCCGGGGAAGAGCGCGUACAUUUGGUCAGGAGGAGGAGGAGGCAGGGGCUGGAAUUUGUGCGCUCAGAAGCAAGACGGAGGAAGAGGAGAAGGAGGAGGAGGAGGAGGAGGAGGAGGUAGAGGCUGAAUCACAGCGACAGCUGGAGUUUGUGAGAGGCAGUGGGCUUUUCCGGAGAAUGAAUGAUGAGGGACAACAGCUCCACUUUCUCGUGCACCGGAGGGUUUUUAUCUGGAUUUUACUUCCACUAAGUCGGCAUUUUUAAACUGGAUUGUGUUUGUUUGUAAACUCCAGCUCUGUGGCUAUGCAGCUCCUUGUGGAACCACGCCUGAGGUCCAGCUGCAGGGAAGACGGGCCGCCUCUCAUCGCCUCUCAAGAUCCAUUUCCCAAUUUGAACAUGGUUUCCUGAGAGGCACAACCAACAAAUCAUCAUCAUCGUCGCGAGGAGACACCUAGCUUGGACCAUGGCUGCCCUGUUUCCCAACAUCAGCGUCUCCGGGAGCACCGCGGCCCUGCUGGUGACCACCGACCAUCCGUUCAACCUGACCGCAGCUGCUGAUGUGGAGGGCCGGUCGCUGCCCCCGCUCUGCACCCCCUGCUGCUGUGGCGUCCUCAACCGCACCCUGGCUGUGGCCUUCAUGGUCCUCCUGGCGUUUGCCAUCGUGGUUGGAAACGUGGUCACGCUUACCGUCUUUGUGCAAACCAGGCAGUCGAGAACGCCACAGGGGUAUUUGAAAGUGUCUUUGGCCAUAGCCGACAUGAUGGUUGGUGUCCUGGUGGUUCCCUUCUCCGUCUACACAGAGAUCUCUCUGAUGGUGACCAGCGCUCCUCCUAUCUGGUACCACGGCAGUCCUACUUCUCCAGCUGCUCUCACCUCCCUCGGUGGACCGGUGGGGCCCUGGCAGCCCUGCAUGCUGAUUGGCCCCGUGUUUGCCGGCUGCACCUUUGUCUCCAUCAGCACCAUCUUCCUGAUGACCCUGGAGCGCAGCGUGGCCAUCCUGUGGCCGCUCCACAAGGACGCGUUGGUGACCCGCAGACGGACGCUGCUGCUCAUCCUCCUCUCGUGGGCCGCCAGUUUCCUACUGGCUCUAGCUCCUCUCAUCUUCAGUGGUAACUUCACGCUGGAGUACAACGAAUGCAGUCGUAUGUGCAACUACACCCCACUCCUGUUCGGGGGCCGCCUGCCCCCCGACGCCAACAUACUGCUGCUCUUCCCUGCAUUUGACUUCACCCUGCUGGGGGGCACGUUAGCAGUUAACAUUGUGUCUUUCACCAGCAUUCGGCUGUACACCAGAAAGCGCAAACUGCUCUCAGAGGGAAGUCUGAGUGACGCUGGGGGAGGAGGGGGCGGCUGCCUUCACAGGCCUUCCUUUUCGGACAUCAAGGCCGCCAAGACAAUCGGCAUACUGACAUUUGCCUUCACAGCAUCCUUCUCCCCCAUCGCGGUGUUUGUGCUGGGGAACGUGGUGGGAAACACCUGGUGUAACUUCUCCUUCUUUGCCUUCUGGAUUCUGACGGGAAACAGUUGCUGUAACGUCAUCAUCUACAGUGUUCGAGACCACCGCUUCAGGAAAGGCGUGACCCUGCUCUUUCAAAGGGAGCACUCCCCUCCUCACGCCGAGAAGACCUGAGGGACACCUUUUUUUAAGCGUGUUACAAAUGUUUUAUAUAAAUGUGGCCCAAAGUUUGACUUUUACUCUUGUUCACUUGAAUCACUCCCCACUUAUAUUUGCACUCAAACGAAAGAGGAAAAUGGAAAAACAGUUCCAAACGCCAUUAUCACCUGACUUAACCCUUUAACAUCUGAGGCAUCACCGGGGAGGCUUAAACACAAAAUAUUUACCAUACUGUAACUUUUCAACCAUUAACACAAUCAAAGUAAUUACAGCAGAAUUGUGUUAACAAUUAAAAAAUCAUAACAAUUUAAAAAUUACAGUGAAUCAGAGAACAUAAACACUGGAGCCCCAAUGUUAAAGGGUUAAGUAUGACUUUAGAAGAACCGAUGACACUGGAGGUGACAAAGAAAGAUUAGAUGUGAGCCAGAAGAGAUAAAAAAUACUAAUACAUUUCAAAUACUUGACAUAAAAAUGGCAAAAAAUAAACAAAUCUUUAAAAAAUAACUAAAAACAUGUGACUCAAAAGAAAUUUAUAUCUAUUUACAAAUUUUCCAUGAUGAUAAUUUCUUCUACUGAUUACACUUGAAAAAAAAUAAAAAAAUAUUGUCAUUUGUCGUAACUAAAAUAGGUUUGUAUUCAUCUGCUAAAAGCAGGAUUUUAUCACAAUUUGUCUUGAGAUGCAUUACAAGAAAAAGUAAAAGUGGGAAUUGAUGCACAUUGAGCUGUUCUAGGUGCUAUAAAUAACUCAAAAAGGGUCAAAUCAUCCUUGAAAUGCAAAAAAAAGGAAAAUAAACUGGUUCUGUGAUCGGCAGUUUAAGAUUGACAAGAAAAGUGAGUGUAAGUUGUUGUGAAAAAAAUCUAAUUUUUGUUUAAUAGUUUUAACCAUCAUAGUAAUUUCCUUCUCAAAGAGAAAAUUUUAUCAUGAUUCUGUCUAAUUAUUUAUUUUUAAAAAAGGCCAAUUUGAAUGAAAUCUUUCAUUUAUGCAUUAAAUACGAGCUGGGAAAUGCGGCUCCUCUCCUGAGAGUUCGUGCAGUGUCAGGUUUUUAUUCAGGUCCACCCAUCACACAUCAGCUCAGCAUCAGAGCUUUUAUGAUGACAGUAAAAUUGAGCAUCAGAAUAAAAACCCGCCCACACUGUGUUGACUAUGAUACAAAUACAAGCUCGUCUGUCAACACAAACCAAAAUUUGUCCAAAAAUUGCCCAAAAAGUCCAUAAACAAGAACUAGUGUGUGAGGGAUAAAUGACUGAUGGUGCAAAGCUGCAGCCUUCAUCCAUGAGGGGUUAUGUGUACGUUUGCUCUCAGGGGAGUUUCCUGGUGUUAAAGGUCUUCUUUGACUUCUCUUUUUGACUCAUAUACAGUUCAUCUGUUCCUGUGUCAGGAAAAUGAAUGCUGUCAGUGCAUGUCUACAACUAUGUUGUGUUCAUUUAAACUGAAAUAAAUCUGUUAAAAACAAGCAGACUACAAUUUUAAGGGCAUUUAUGUUUGUUUUUGCUUCCUACGACUUUUCAAAAUACAGUGUUUGUCCUGGACCAACAUGGUGUCAAAGGGUGUUAGGAAAAAGAUCUGUGAUGCUAACAAACUGCAUGUCCUUGCAGCUGCUCUACAGUUUCGAUGCUUCAGCUUCCUCCUUUGACAGACAUUUUUUUGGAGUUGUGCACCAGAGGGAAUUUCAGAAGCACCUCUCAAUUUCCAGAAGUCAGGUUUUUUGUUCUCUGAGCAUCUUCAUGUCUGCAGCUGAGACAACAUAACUUUAUUUUGAAUAAACUCUCAUGAUAAUCUGCCUCAAGAAUCAGAAAUGCACUUUACUAGUAAAUAUGUGUCGAACACCCCAUUUAAUUCAUACAUUCUCAUUUUGUAAGCGAGUGAAUGAACUGUUGGAGCAGAUCCUCAAACUUUUCUUUUACAAAAUCAUCUGCAACCUAAAUGAAUCUUCUGUGUCAGCUUUAAAUAUUUUUUUUUUUGCACUACAUAAUUUUUCUGUCAAUAGAUUGAGACAAACUUGACAACCUUUUCAAAAUACUAAACCUUUUCAAGUAACAUAAA